ACACACACAUAGAUAGACAGACCAAGGGGCGGUCAGGAAGAAACUCCAGAAUUUCACUGCAAACACUGAUGCUGCUACGUCAGCAUGCUUAACCCACAUGCACACAUGAAGAAGCAAGACUUGAAUAGCAAGCUUCUUUGAAAAGAAUAGUAGACUGUUCUCUUGCCCGGCCUAUAAGCAGUUGAAAUCAAUCCUCUUUCUUCCUCAAACAGUUCUCAGAAAGAAUCACUGGUGUUUGUAGCCACUCACUCACGUGACAACGAGUCAUGGCUUUUGGUCACUUUCCUUCUAGUAUUGUGUGGCGGUAGGUAGGCGGUACGCUUUUCUUUUAUGAAUAUUUUUUUCCAGGAGGUUUUUAAAGUACAGCAUGUUCCGGACUGGGUCUAAUAAAAUAGGAGAUUGCUUUUUGAAUGCAGCUUGAAAUCUUGCAGUCCCCCUGUCCAGCUGUGACGGCGGCGGCAGCUCACAUUCCAACUGUCAGUUUUUUGAGUGUAAACUUCUCUGAAUGAAGUUUUCAAGACUUGGAGGAAGUGGUUCAUUUUUUCCGUCUUUGACGUUUCAUUUUCACGAGACCCCAUCAAGGACUCGUUGAAGUAGCCACGCGGUGUUGGGGAAUUUUAUUUCUUUCGAUUUUUUUUGUUGAAUAUUGAAAUAUGUGUAGUUUUAAGUCUGCGUCGGAAGCGGCAGAAUGCAUAAUGAAAAUGCAUCCUAUUUGGCAAGGUCCCUUGGCCGUGCCCGGGGGCGAUCGCCAGUCUCCCAUUGACAUAGCGGUGCGCAAGACUCAGUACGACCGCAAACUCCAGCCGCUGGAGAUGAGCUACGACCCGCGGACCUGUCAGCAGAUCUGGAACAAUGGCUACUCUUUCAUCGUAGAGUACGACGACACGAGCGACAGAUCAACUAUGAGGGGGGGACCACUACAGGACUCAUUUCGGCUCUGCCAGUUCCACUUCCACUGGGGGGAGUCCAACGCCUGGGGUUCAGAACACUCCGUAGACAGACGCCUGUUCCCUGCUGAGCUGCAUCUGGUCCACUGGAACGCUGAGAAGUACAGCCUGUUUGAGGAGGCCGUGCUGGAGGACAACGGCCUGGGAGUCGUCGGCGUCUUCCUCAAGUUGGGGAAAAGACAUGAAGGCCUGCAGAAGCUAGUAGAUGCCCUCCCAGCAGUCAGGCACAAGGACAGUGUAGUGGAGUUCAGCCGCUUCGAUCCGGCCUGCCUGCUGCCUGAGAACACGGAGGACUACUGGACCUACGCGGGGUCGCUCACCACGCCCCCCCUCACAGAAGCCGUCACCUGGAUCGUCAUGAAGCAGCCAAUCGAAGUCAGCCAUGACCAGCUGGCGGUGUUCCGCAGUCUGCUGUUCACCUCUGCGGAGGAGGAGGUCCAGAAGAGCAUGGUGAACAACUUCCGGGUGCAGCAGCCCCUGUGUGGCCGCACGGUGCGCUCCUCCUUCGACCCCUUCCACCACGGAGAGCCCACCUCGCCCUCCAAGCCCGUCUAACACGGAAAGAGACAUCCCAUGUCCCAUCUCAUCUCCUCUUCUCUCCCUCUGGUGAUGUGCAAACAACACCCAUCAUAUUUAGUGGAAAAUCCGCCCUCUCGGGUGUAAUUCUUGUUUUUUUAUUCUAGUGGGUUAGCGCCGAAACGGGCCGAAACAUCUGUCUGUCAUGCCAACCCACUAGAAUAAAAAACAAGAAUUACACCUGCGAGUGGGGCGUUUCUACUAAAUAUGAACUUUGCUGGUCGCUCGCACCUGAAGAGCUUGUAAAAAAACAGUUGGGAGUUGAGCGCACUUUCUGAAAACUGCACCAACACCCAUGAACACUACUGUACCAGGAGGGCAACCUAAACCCAGUCGUCACUCCAGAGGGCUCUGACCUACGCCUACGGGGUCAUGACCGUGAACUCUUGCCACCACCAAGACCUCUCACACAGUUGGCCUGCAAUAUUUUGUGGGGUGUUUUUUUUUCUUUCUUUUUUUUUUUUUUAAACAAACUCUUUCCAUGGUUUUAAAUGGUUUUAUAGGAUUUGGUUGGGUUUUGGAAACAGGAUUUUUCAUUUUUAUUAGAUUGUAGAUAGGAUGGUUUUAGUCAUAGCCUCAGACUUGAGAGUUAGGAUUUUGGGGGCUUUAUGCGUUCACAAAAGACAACCUCUCUCCUGGCAUAGUUCUCUCUCUCUCUCUUUCUCUCUCUCUCUCUCUCUCUCUCUCUCUCUCUCUCUCUCUCUCUCUCUUUCUCUCUCUCUCUCUCUCUCUCUCUUCCUCUGCCUUUUUGUGUUUUUUUCUCUUUCCAACUGACUCUUGGAGAGUGUUUGUUGUGUGCUUGUGGGAAAAGGAUCAGAUUGGGUUUAAUAUCUCUCUCUCUCUCUCUCUCUCUCUCUCUCUCUCUCUCUCUCUCUCUCUCUCUCAUUUUCUGUCUCAUUUCUUUCAUUCUCUCUGCCCCUUUGUGUUGUACUUGUACUGUACUAAAAGGAUAAGCAUUAACAUGAGGAUUAUAGCACCAUCUAGUGCUCAACAUGUUCCACUGUCACUGGAUAUGAAGCACAUAGGAAUGAUGAAUACAGAUAGGAAUGUUUUUUAACACACAUUUGGCAGCUUUUAUCGUCCAUCCAGGCCUUCAUAGAUAAUAUGAUCUACCUUCGCCUUCAUGCACACUCAGCUUCAUAACAGGACAGGUUUACUUUUAUGCUUUUACAGUAGAGCUUACCUCAUUCAGGCAGCUGCCAGAACACUAUUACUAAAACGAACUCUAUCACCUAUGAUCUCUCUCUUUUUCUCCGUCUAUUUGCCUCUCUCUUGAUUCUUUCUCUCUCUCUCUCUCUCUCUCUCUCUCUCUCUCUCUCUCUCUC